AUGGGGGGAGAGGACGUAGUCGUCGAGAUCGAUGCUGCUGCUGCUGCUACUGCUACUGCCACAGCCGCAGGCGCCGCGGAGAACGGAGAGAACGAGCUCCCAUUCCAACAAGAAGAGACGAUAGAGGAAGUGCCGGCGCGAGUCACCUAUAUUGAUUACCUGAAGAGUCCCAUUAUCGGGCUUCUCGUGGGUCAAGGUCCCGAGCAGGCUCUCCUCACAGCACACCAAGCGCUCCUCACCCAGAGCCCUUGGUUCGCAGACGCCUGCGCCAAAUUCAGCGAUGAAGUAUCUGAGCGACGCAUCGACCUAGUCGACGAAGAUCUCGACGCUGUCGGUUGUUUUCUCGAAUUCCUAUACACGGGGGACUACUUCCCUCGCAAGAUCGCCGGGACGCGCGAUCUGGAGCACGACGCGACAACGCCGCUCGUCGACGAGACCGGCGACCAGCUACUGAAGCACGCGCGCGUCUACACGCUCGGCGAGACGCUCGGCCUGCCGGCCCUCAAGACGCUCGCGAGCUCCAAGAUCCACUGCGUGAACUCGACGGCGAAGGGCGAGAUCGCGUACGCGCGAUACGUCUACGCGCAUACGCAUAAGGACGAUGCGGCGAUUAGGGCCCCUGUGGCGAAUUUCUGGGCCACCCGUAGUCAUACGUUGCGUGCUGAGGCGGAGGAUGAGUUCCGCCAGCUGUGUUUGGAGUUCCCGCAGUUUGGUUAUGAUGUUUUGACCCGCGUCCUAGACGAAAAGCUCAAGCGCGAAAAAACGGAGAAAAUGCAUCCAUCCCACACCCCAUCCAGCUCACGCAAGCGACCACGUCAGAGCGGUAUCUAG